GACGCCGACGGUGACGCCGACGCUGGACGGUGACGCUGACGCCGGGCCGGGGGGCAGGUGUUGGGCAGCGAUGGGCGGCGGGAUCUGGUGAAUCUAAAGAAGAGCUGGCACCCACAGACCUUGAAAAAUGUUGAACGAGUGUGGAAGGCAGAGCAGAAAACAUGAAGCGGAAAAGAAAAAGAUUGAGGAGCUUCAGCGGGAGCUCCGCGAGGAGCGAGCCCGAGAAGAGAUGCAACGCCAUGCGGAGGAUAGCGGGGCCAUGAAAAAGAAAUCGGACCGUCUCGACUGGAUGUACCAAGGCCCCUGUGCUAUGGUGAACAAGGAGGACUACUUGCUGGGUAGACCCAUCGACAAGUACGCUACCGACAAGAUGGUGGACGAGGAGUCUGGCCCUUCUUCAGACACUGGGCUACUUCCUGGCUCCAUCUUCACAGCCACAGGGGCGAACUCUGCCUUGGAUAUGGCUUCCAAAAUCCGGGAGGAUCCACUGUUUACAAUCAGGAAGCGUGAGGAAGAGAAAAAGAGAGAGACUUUAACUAAUCCCAUGAAAAUGAAGAUGAUCAGAGAAAUGCUAAAAAAGAACCUGGAUAAACAGAAAAGAAGAAAAAGAAGGAGAAGAAGAAGCAAGCACAAGAAACAUCGGCACUCCAGUUCCAGUGAUAAUGGGCAUGCACAAAGCAAAGUACAGUAUAUUAGCUGA